GAGCCACAGGGCGAGGCGCGCGCGCGUGCGUGGUUGGGCGCCGCUCCAGCCGGCGCGUGCGCAGUUGGCGCGGCUUGCGCUGCGAGGCGGAGGAUGCCCCUGAAGUUAUUUAUACUGUCGGGCCGGCCGCUGGUGACGUAGCGGGGAAUCGGGGCAGCGAUCGCGGCGGUGCUCGGGCCCCGGCCUUUCCCUUCCUCUCCCGGCCAUGGAGGGAGCCUCGAGGCCGCCGGGGCUGGAGCCCGGCGCGGGCAGCAGCAGCUCCUGAGGGGAACGACGGAGGGACCCCGCGGCCGGCGCGACAGAAUGCACUUAAUUGUCCUGCCACACACCUGAAAAGAGAAGUUGGUUCUGCCACCUGUUGAGACGUUGGACUAAGCUACCCACCUGCUACUAGUGUCUGGAAUGAAACCGAGAUAACUUUCUCCUCGCUCUCCAAGGAUUUGCAUCCCCUUGCCCCUACUGCAGGGGCAAGGGGAAGGUGUCUUGAAAGAGUGGAGCAUCCUAGCCAUCAGAAAAAGUACCUGGUUUGCUUUGCUUCCUGCCUGUGAGCACUCGGAUUCCUGCUGUGUUUCAUUUUCCGUGGGGCGGUUACUCCACUAGCAUAGACAAUGCCGUGAACGGCGGCGGCACUUCCCACUUGCCAGCCCCACACACCGCACACCAGGGGGUUCAGAAGUCAGGGUGGGGAACUCGCCAUGGCUGGGAGCGGUUACACAGACCUGCGAGAGAAGCUCAAGUCCAUGAUGCCUUACCGGGACAACUACAAGGGCGGCACGCGGGACCCUGCCGAGUCCCCCUAUGGAGCCGUGGGCGGAGCUGCUGAGCGCAAGCGCAAAUACCAUGAGGACUCCGAGUCGGAGCCCAGCGACUACGAAGAGCACCAGCGGGAGGAGGAAGAGGCCCAGAAAGUCCGAAGCGGCAUCCGGCAACUCCGGCUCUUCAGCCCCGAGGAGUGCGCCAAGAUUGAGGCUCGCAUCGACGACGUGGUCUCCAGGGCCGAGAAGGGCCUCUACAAAGAGCACACGGUGGAUAGGGCCCCUCUCCGGAACAAGUACUUCUUUGGGGAGGGCUACACAUAUGGGUCUCAGCUGCAGAGACGAGGCCCCGGUCAGGAGCGGCUGUAUCCGCGGGGGGAGGUGGACACCAUUCCCGAGUGGGUUCACGACCUGGUCAUCCGCAAGCUGGUGGAGCAUCGGGUGAUCCCCGAGGGCUUUGUCAACAGCGCAGUGAUCAAUGACUACCAGCCGGGAGGCUGCAUAGUUUCCCACGUGGACCCCAUCCACAUCUUUGAGAGGCCUAUUGUCUCGGUGUCCUUCUUCAGUGACUCAGCCCUCUGCUUUGGCUGCAAAUUCCAGUUCAGGCCCAUCCGGGUCUCGGAGCCGGUCUUCUUCCUGCCUGUGAGAAGAGGAAGCGUCACUGUGCUGAGUGGCUACGCAGCUGAUGAAAUUACACACUGCAUUCGACCACAGGAUAUCAAGGAGAGAAGAGCCGUCAUCAUUCUUAGGAAAACCAGACUAGAUGCUCCCCGGCUGGAGAUGAGAUCCCUGAGUAGCUCUGUCCUGGCACCAGGGUAUGCCUCUGACCGUCUAUCAGGAAGCAACAGGGACCCCAUCCUGAAGCCAAAGAGGUCCCAUCGCAAGGCAGACCCUGACGCUGCUCACCGGCCUCGAAUUUUAGAAAUGGAUAAAGAGGAGAACAGGCGCUCAGUCCUUUUGCCCAAACACAGGAGGCGGAGCCACUUCAGCUCCGAGAACUAUUGGCGAAAGUCUUACGAGUACACAGAGGACUUUGACGAAGAGGAGGAUGACGGGAGCCCCGCCCGGAAAGUGAAAAUGAGACGGCAUUGAGGGGUUCUCUUUCCUCCCCUCCUUCCCCGCCCCAGGAUCCUCGAGCGGAUGAGACUGGCCUUCAGGCUGUGACGUGGUUCUGGCUUUCCUCUUCCACCCCUCUCCUGGCUCUUUCUCAUCUAGCUUCAAGUGUGUAUCCCUCCCACUCCCCCUCUAGGCUGGAGAAGAGCUGGGGCCGCCUGGCUCUUCGGUUUUGACGGCGGCAUCCAUGGUCACGGGAUGCUUCUGCUGCCACCCACCUUUCUUCCCAGGAAGACGGGCGUGCCUCAGGGAGCAGAGGCGGCCUUCUCCUUCUCCUCCUCCGGAGAGCUGCGUUCUGCGAGGUGUUUGGGCCGGAGUGGAGUUUGAAGAUGCCAAAAAAAAGUUGCGCGCUUGGGUUUGCUGAAGGGUUGCGAAUGUUCCCUGCGCUCCGAUCCCGCUGCUUCCGAAACGGUCUAAACCCGGCAUCUGGUCCCAUCCGCUCCCCGCCUCCCCCCACCCCCCAGCAAGCGCAAUCUCGCACCAUCCUGCUCCAUGCUGCACCAAAGGGCUCCUAAUUCCUGAAACCCAACUAGCGUGUAAAUUUAUUUUAUCCUUUCCCCCUUCUUCUUCUUCUUCUUUUUUUUUUUUUGUCGCUCUCAUUCAAAGGCGCCCUUCCUCCGGCAACUGGAAAGCUAAAACUUUCGCAGACGCCUCUUCGCACCGGAUGACACAGCAUUUAGGACGUGUUGCACUUUAGUGUCAGGGUUGAUCCCCCUCCCCCUUUUUGUUCUCUUAAAUGCCAUAUAAUUCCCACCCUUUACUAGCUUGGGCUAGCGAGCACCUGUGGUUUCCCCCCCCUCCUUCCCCCUUUCUGCGCUGCUAAUAAAAAAGGAAACAAGUCUUUGAAGGAGGCCCGGCUGCUUCAUGCUGAAGCCGCUGCUUGUGGGCGCGUUGAGGGGCGGGCAGGAGCGACACCUGGACGGAGGGAUAUGUCUUGGCUGGACAAUUCGGCUCCUGCUGAACCCUUCACACUAACAGCAUCGGGCACAACGCACUGGGUGGGUCUCCUGGGCCCUGCCUCUUUGGAGUGGCAGUGGGGAGCUGUCCGAUGGCUUCCUCAGGAGACCUUGUCCCAAUGCGUGUGGCUCCUCACGUGUGUGUGUGUGCCUUUUGAGAGGGAUCUGGGCUUGUCUUCUGGUCGGUUCCCUUUGGGUUAGAAAAGGCGGCUUUCACCAGUACUGUCCUACGUUCGGAAAACGAGCCUUGAGUGGCGGUUGUCCUCCGAGAGGCAAGGGUCACGACGAGAACUUCGGCUGGCCAAGCCGUCUGUGGAGCAGACCCUCUGCCUGCUUCUCCAGACAGGCCACCUUCCCAGUGAGUAGUUCUCUGGAACGCUGAGGGGAUGGUUUGGGCACACCAGGCCGGAGUGGAGGUUAGCAAGCCAUUUGGUCUACUUCGGUGCCUCCAGGAUAUGGGGGUCAAGCUGUCCGGCUGCUAGUCCAAAGCUCCGGCCAGCUUGCCACCGGGCCUGGAUGUGCCUCUUGCACACGGAAUGCUUGAGCUGUGAGGCCUCCUGCCUUCUUGCCCGAGUGAUGUCUGGUCAUCCGAGAGUGAAAUUUCAAAAUGUGAGGACUCCUCCUGAAUGGCUGUAACGCUUGCCUUGUUUUGCCCCAGCCUGAGGGAGUUGUCUGCCUGAGGCCCAGGUCUUGCGACUGGAGUCUUGAGUUUGAAUGGCUUCAAUGUCCCUUGUCACCCUAAAAGUGCAAAAAACCCCACCCCAGUUCUCUGAGCGCCAGUCUUUUUUGCACAAAAACGGAUUUGAUCUUCAGUGUCGUCACAACUAGUUUUUGCCCUCCCUUUAAAUACACGAGGCUCUCCCCCUGUCCCUUUAAUUCUGUGUGCCUUUUUGCUCUGAUCUGUACACCUGGUGGUAAACAUUUAAUUCUGAGAAGCUUUGUAUAUGAGGCAUUCCACCCUCGGCUUCCCCAAACACCUUUCGUCCGGUGUUCUGUCAGUCGGGUGCAGCUGCCACCCAUCUUGUAGUCCCCAGAUGUGUUUGGACUACAACUCCCAUCAUCCCCAGGCACGAUGGGGAUAGCAGGAGCUGUAGUCCAAAACCAUUUGAGGACUCGAGCUUGAGAACCCCAGCUGCUGGCUGUACCACAGGGAGGCAAGAGUGCUAGCUUGCCAUUUUUAUUGCAUCCUCAAGGCGAUAGUUGCCAGCAAAGACCUGUGACUUGUCUUCCAGGUAUCUGGAAUAGCCGAGAAGUUUGUAGUCCUUCUCGGGCUUCGCACCCACUUCAAACUUUGGACCUGCCUGUCCAAUGAAAUCAAGGCAGGGCUCUCCCCAGCGGCCUCCCCAAAGCCUGGGCCAUCUUAGAGUCAUGUCAGCAGCUGAAGGGGGACAUUUCUUUCUCCCGCUUGGCCUGUAGUUGCUUGUUCAGGUAGCAUCCGCUGUGGCAGCUGACCCUGUUCAAAGGCACAGACUGACCCGUCAAAGAUGUUGCUGCAUUUCUGCCACGGGAAAUGCUGACCAGACGAGUAAAUUCCCUGUUUUAAUGCUGUUAGUGUGAAGUUGAAUAGCAACCAUCGCUAGGAAAGGAUCCUGUCUCGGCCCCUCUGCACGUUCAAACAGCUUUGAAACGUCAGACCAGUGAGGCUUGGAUCCAUUUCUAGUGAUCAGCUGACUUGUGUGAGUGAGUGUGUGUGUGUGUGUGUGUGUGUUUUCUUUUAAAGCGCCAAAUGGAGUUGAACUCGAGUCGGACGGUAAGAAUUCCUGUUUGCUCCAAAAAAUGCACCUGGUUUCUCCUCCUUGCACCCCACCCCACCCCACCCAGCACACACUUCUGGCUGACUUCUGUGUUUUUUUUAAAUAAAAAGAAAAUCUAAUUUUUUGUUACAAAUAAAAUAAGUGGCAAUAUUUUUUUCUGUAAUUUUUCAUAGGAAAAAGUGUGAUUUGUAAACAAAUUGUACAGUUCUGAAGUUUGAGAUACACAAAAUAACCAUCGUGCGUGGCACGCUGUCAAUAGGGGCGGGGAGAGUAUUUUCCAUACCGUGUAUUUGGGGAGAAAUCUUUUAAUUCGGGUUGAUUUAGGACGAACUAUAGUUCCCUGUCAGGGUUUGGAAAUUUCAAUUUUUUCCCUCUUGUAUAGAAUGCUGCAUUUAACUAAAUAAAAGCCGAAAGCAUCA